GAUUUCACCAAAUUACAACAGGUCUGACGCAACCUCUUCUUGGGUGUUCAGUACUUUUAGGAUAUGUCCGUAACAAAUGCAAUGAUGUAAGUAAAGUAUUCAUGAGAUCUGCAAUGUUCUAAAAUGUACGCCACCAAAGAUAACCAAAGAACAAGAUCAUGAACACAAGCAGCUGAGACGAGUUUCCUCUGCAGGGUGAGCCCUGGUGUAACGCCUCGUUUACAACAAGUCUGGAACGGAUGCAGAUCGGAAUCUGGCAGCGUCCGAAAAGAUGGAAAAUCUUCUCCAAUCAGAGCAUUCACACUGGCUGCUGUACAGAGCCGGUCGAGAUGUGGACUCUUUCUGCAAGAGCUCCCAUGUUUCUGGACACCGCGUACGAAUCGACAGUUUGGUGUAAGAAUUGUAAACAAAAAUGUUUUUCUGAAACACUAAAGAAAAACUCCAGACAACACAAAUAAGAGUGGUGUGAGGUCAAAGAAAAUUAGAACAAAUAACCAGAAGAUUUAUAUUUCAUACACUCGUUGCUCUUCCUUUGCAUCAUUGCAGGUAAACCUGCAUAUGAAGUGGAUGAAACCAGUCCUGACUGGAUUCCAACGUUCCACAUGGGUCAUUCCGAAGUCUCUGCUUCAAAGUCAGACCGUCACGCACGACGACAGCAACGGGUGAAAAUUAAAGGAGGAGAUUUGCGAGUCACGCUCACCUGAUGGGCUUCUGGAAGCAAAUUGAGCCAGCUACCCUCGAUAUGACAAGAGCAUCAAGUGUAGCGAGGACUGAUCAGCUCCCUCACUCUGCCAGUGCAACGUCAGAAUGAAGGUAAGACCCAGGACACGCUGGAGAGACUCUCUCGGCUGGCCAGGGAACGUCUGGGCCUCUCUGCUUAGGCUGCUGCCCCGCGACCUGACCCCGGAUAAGAGGCUGAAAAUGGAUGGAUGGUAAUGUUUUUCAUCUUUUCCAGGUUCUUCAACCAGUUGAUGAGUUCUUCCUGUUUGUGAUCUACCUGUCACGGGGACUCACACAAACGGAUUUGGCCCACAGAUUUAGAAUAUAUCGGUCGACUGUUAGUCGCAUUGUUAACACCUGGGCCAGCUUCCUUUAUACUCUGUUAGGAGCUGUGAAUAUCUGGUUAGAUGAAGACUCUGUGAAAGCUCACCUCCCAGAUGUGUUCCAGGGUUACGUUGACACUCGGGUCAUUUUAGAUUGCACAGAACUGCGAUGCCAAACCCCAAAUUCCCUCCUCCUCCAGAGCGAGGUGUUUUCAAACUACAAACCGCACUGUACAUUCAGAGGGUUGACUGGGAUAGCCCCUCAUGGUGCAGCGACAUUUGUGUCUUCUCUUUAUCAAGGUGCCACCAGUGAUAAAGAGAUCUUAAAGCAGUCAGGCAUUGCGGCCCUCCUGAACCCAUCAAAGGCCAUCAUGGUGGGCAAGGCUUUCCUUGUUGAAGACUGUGUUCCAUGCAACGUCCACAUACCCACGUUUCUGUCGCAGAGAGCUCAACUGUCAAGGCCAGAGAUCAGAAAGACACGGUCCAUUGUGAGACUGAGAGUCCAUGUUGAGCGUGUGAUUCGCAGGGUUAAAGAACACAAACUAUUCAGCACCGUGAUCCCCUUUUCAAUCACAGGCGACAUUAACCAACUCUUUGCUGUCGCCUGUCUUUUGGUGAAUUAUGAAAUCUCCUCCUUAGAGAUAGGGUGAGGAGCUCGGACAUUCGGGAGGGACUCGGAGUAGAGCCGCUGCUCCUCCGCAUCGAAAGGAGCCAGUUGAGGUGGUUUGGGCAUCUGGUCAGGAUGCCUCCUGGACGCCUCCCUGGGGAGGUGUUUCGGGCAUGUCCUGCCGGCAGGAGGCCCCCGGGUCGACCCAGGACACGUUGGAGAGGUUACAUCUCCAAUCUGGUCCGGGAACGCCUUGGGGUCCUGCCGGAGGAGCUGGUGGAGGUGGCCGGGGAGAGGACGGUCUGGAGCUCCCUAGUUGGGAUGCUGCCCCCGCGACCCGGAACCGGACAAGCGGAGGAAGACGACGGCGACGGUCCCUUGGUGAAAACCUGGGCAAGCAGUUGCUGAGCUCAAUCCAGAAUCAGACUGAUAACAUAAUGUGAAUGUAUAUAGUUCUCAUUUGUGUAGUGAGUGACCUGCAAAAUGUUUUCUCUAACCUCACAAGAAUCCCUUCAUGUCAUAGCCUGCACUGUAAACAUAGGAUGUGAUGUUAAGGUACAGUGUGAUUAAUUCAUUAAAUGAGUUUGUUUAGGUUUUGUAACGCAUCUUUUUUUCAUUCAGUAAGACAAACGUGGUUUCAGAGAUGUUCUACCUGCCGACAGUUUCAACUGCAUUUAUUUCAGUCUUCCUCAGAGCCUCAGCCGACUUCUUGCUGUCGUGUCAUUGGCUGGCUGGUAGCGCUGUCAGAGCUCACCACCAGAACAGCCUCCCUCCUGCCAGGAGCACUUGGUGGUGAGUUGUGAUGGUGCGCCCAACUGAGGAAAGAGGAAAACGGGAUAGACUGAGUGAGAACAUGCACUUUGAAGAAUAGCUGAGGUGGCCAUUUUUUCCGCUUUGGAUGACUAACAAACCCUCGUUUGUUUACAACAGACCAAAUAACCUGCUAAUGAUUCCCACUCAGCUACUCAGCUGCAUUUGGCUACCAACAUCUUUCAAAUGCUUUUCACAUCAGAUGAGAUGUUCUGCACACAAUCUGCAGUCUGUGUACGUGGCAGUCCGUCGAGAUGCUGCACAGAUUCCGGUCCACAUUCAUUCCGCACUUGGUGUAAAUGAGGCUUAGGCUGAAGAGCUCAGACAUCCACAAGAGUCCGAGUGGAGGCACCAAGAUGAGCAGUGUUUCAGGCAUGUCCUUCAGAGAGCUGACCCGGGACCCGGGAUAGAGUCUACAGGUGAAACUGUAAUGGUGCUAAAGUCCAUUUAUUUUAGUAGUUCAGCUUAGAGACCAUCUGAGCGCUCAGGAACCAUUUGCAGGUGUUAUGGAUUCAUUAGCUGAUUAGAAUGUGACACUUUUAACCUAGAACCUUUUCACAGUGUUUUAAUUGUCUGAGAUAUUGUUUGUCACUGCCAACAGUUACAAAAGCUAAACCAAACACAACUGUUUAAAGUACAUUUAUUAAUGCCACCAGUUUAUGGAGAUUAACAGACCAACAUAAUCUGUGUGGAGAAACCCUAAACACUCUUGAUAUGUUCUAGACGUUCUUAUAAUUUUAUUUGACUGUAAAAUACAAAAAA